GUUGCAUCUUAUCCUAGCCCGCUUCACACAGGAGACCGCUGAUGGUGGACGGAGAAGCUAUCCGUAAUCUUUUUCAAAGGGCUUGAACGUGUGAGGAUGCUGGUGAAGUUUGCACAAACUAGCAAACAGCCUGGAGUCUUUUACGAGUCCGUUUUACUCAGACUCGAGAAAUGACAUAAGAAGUCUGUUUGUACAGGCAGGUAGUGGUGCCACAUAAAUCUGCUUUCUCCAGGCUUUAGCUUUGCUGACAAAACAAAAACACACCCAGGCUACUUAGAAAGUUGAAGUUGGAGGAAAAGGAGGAGGAGGUAGAGGAAAUCCGUCUCUCCUCAUGGCCAGCGGGCGUUUUCCAGGCAAGAGUGCAGAUGUGGCCAUCAACAACUGGACUGCUCCAUCUCAGGGCAGACCGCUGUGUGUCAACGGGACACCAUGGAUCCUUUACCUGCUUGAGGAAUGUGUGGACAACAUCUGGGAGUACUGCAGCGUUGUGAUAGGACUCAUAUCCAUGUUCUGUUUUUUGUUGUCCACGAUACCGCAGGUCUAUGAGGCCUAUCGGAAUGGAAAAGUGGAAGAGGCCAUGUCUUUUGGGUUUCUCGUCUUCCUCCUCAGUGGAGACCUGACCAGCUUCGCUGGAUGCUAUCUCACUAGCCAGCUGCCCAUUCAGGUUGUCACAGUGGUGUUUUACAUCUUCACUGACCUGAUUCUCAUCUCCCAGUUUCUCUACUAUAAGAUCAAAAACAGCUCCAGCAGAAAAAAUCCCGCGCUGAAGUGGGUGUGCUUCAUGUGGUGUGGCGCUGGGACAUUAGCACUCCUGGCUUUACCCAAGCUCAUUAUAGACAACGGUUCACAUUUAAACACUCAGAGUCCAGCCAGCUCCAAGUCAGUGGAAAUCACUGGUUAUGUAUGUGGAUAUUUGGCAUCUGUUUUCUACCUCUGCUCCCGUUUUCCACAAAUCCAUAAAAAUUUCCAGCGACAGUCUACAGAGGGCACCUCCUACCUGCUGUUUGCCCUGGCCAUGAUGGGUAAUGGGACGUAUGGGCUGAGCGUCAUAGUUGUCCUUCCGGCAUUGAAGGGCUCCAAACAGAACUUCAUCGUCAAACAUCUGGCCUGGCUCAUCGGCAGCCUGGGAGUCCUCAUACUCGACUGUUUUGUAACUGCCCAGUUCAUCAUGUACAGGAAGAACAUUUCUGCCAAAAGCAGUGCGCUACGCCAUAUCCCAGAGGUGGAACCUCUUCUGAGCGAGGAAGAGGAGCUGACAGUGUUGUAGGACAGAGAUCAAACACCAGCAGCGAUCGGACUAUCAGUCUUUGUUUGGAGCUCUCAGGGGUUGCUGAACAUGAGUCUCAUUUUCUUUGCACACAAGAGGACAAUCUCCUGUUUAGUGUGUUAAUAAAGAAGGAAAGAGGAGGUAACAGUUUCCUUAACACUGGGGAUUAACUACCAGUUUAGAAGCUCUUCCAUAGUUUCUCUUUAGUCUGGCUUGCCUGCAUGACUUGAGUCAUUUUUGCACUUGGACCUCUUGAUUUUGUUUAUGGAUGGAAAAACUAUAUUUAAAAGCAAUCAGUGAGCUUCCAUGUUUAAAAUAGGGCUCUUAAAACCAAUUAGUCAUUUCUAAAAUGAAACCUUUGCCAAUAUCUGCGGAACCUGAUGUAUUAACAUAUUUUUUAAGAUAGUUGGUAUCACCACCAAAAGCCCACGAAAGCAAAUUUUCCAAAUACUCCCCUAGUAAGCACAGAAGUGUGGAAUUACAUUGGUCUUAUCUCACUUUGUGGCCCUGUAGCUAACCCUUUACAGCCAUACGAGACAACGCUGGGAUAAAAAGAACCAACUCUGAUGUUUUAAUGUGAAUCCGAUAGUGUUAUAUAAUGUGAAAAGGAUUUUUAAUGUUUAAGGACUAGUGGAUUUCUUUGCUUUGCGUCCUCUUUGUUGUCCUCCAGGAGAAACAGUGUGUACCCUUUAAAACUGUUAAUAGUCUUAAUAUAAAUGCAUUGCAUAAACACAUCACUGGUUUUAAGUUAAUGUGAAUCAGAUUGUUAAAGUAGAAAAUAACUUAAGAAACUGUAUUUCUUAAAAACAGCAGUUGAACUGUUUGUUCUUCCAAGUCCCCGAUUAUGACCUCCCUGCAGAUGUCCUCUCUUAAGUUUCCGUGUGCUGGCAUCGUCUUUUUUAAAAUCUUAUAACGUUUAUUAAAAAAGAAAGAAGACGCGUUCAAUGACGUUAUCUAAAAAUAGGAGCAUUAUAAAAUUAGCCCACGUGUCUAAACUGUCAUCAGGUUUGUGGGAGAGAGUAUGCUCUUGUCAAGCCAAAUUUAUUUGCAUUAUUUGGUAGCGUGUCCUUAUUAGCUUCUUUACAGUUGUUUGCAGAACUAAUGCUAAUUGAAUAGAUAACAACAGAGGAGAGAAAGGGGAAAAAAAUGGUGUACUAAUAGAUGAGUAGUUUCAUGUUAUGAUUAUAUUUUUUGUAAGUAUUGAUUUAGACUAAUGCUAAAAAUAAUAAUAAGUGUUAAUAAUAUUAGUUAAUUCAUAGUAAAUUAGUUAUUAGUGAAUUAUAUUCUUUCUUCUGACAGAUGGUUUUCUCAUACAGUAUGUAUGUGGCACAGUCACUUUUAACCUGAUCAUCUGUUUAACUUCAGUUCUGCAGAUUUCUCUACCUCAGGCAAAUGUGGGCGUCUUUUUGUGUUAAAAAACAAACAAACCAUUAGUCAUUAGUCCCAGUACUAGCCCGAGAAAAUUCAUUUGCAAAUAUGCAAUAAUAACUUCUUCACUAAUAAUUCAGUACUUCUAGUGAAUUAUUGUAAUUUCAAAAUGUUCCUGUUUCUCUGAUUGUUUUUGUAUUGAAUAUAUUAUUAGGACCUAUUGCUUAUACAUGUAUAUAAGUUGUUGAGAUGGGUUUAUUUUAUUUCCUUUUUUAAUCUUCCAUUGUGUUUGCUUUUAAUAAAUGUGUAUUGUGCCAAGUUUAAAUAACUCCAUUGUAUCUUUAUAAAAUAUACUAUGUACUGUUUUGAUUGAAAGAAAUCAAGAAUUUGGUCUCACAUUUCACGUUGGAAGGUUCUGUCUUUGAGUCACAGAAAUGUACAAGUUUACAAUGUCCUCUCAAUCAUGUCUGUAUGCUGAAUGAAACUGUGCACCUCCACAGUGGAUUUUAAAUCCAAAACUCAAGAUGCGAUUGAAAUGCAGGCUUUCAGCUCUACUUCAAGGGGUUUUAUCAAAAUGUUGCAUUAACUGAGUUUAUGAAUUACAGCCAAUUUUAUGCACAGUCCUCCAUUUUUACUGACUCAGAAGUAUUUGAACAAGCAUCCAAAAUAGCCUGAAGCAGCAGUUCUGGGAGAAAAAUACAAAAUAUAUAUAUAUUUGGACAGAAAAACAACAUAAAUUUAUACCAGAAUUAUGGAAAGAGGCACGUAUGGAGGAAAAAACUGGCUCAUAGUGGAGGCAGUUUUAUGGCAUAGCUUUGUAUAGCUGCCAUUGGAAGCUGGGCACUUGUGUCUAAGGGUGACGUAAAGUAGCAGGCUGAAUUGUGAAGUGUACAGGGCUAUACUCAUGCAAAAUGCCACAGAAUCGAUCAGACAGCUACAGUAACCAUGAGCGCUCAAACUCAAUACGCGACUUCUGAAAAAAUGCCGCAAAAGCACACAUAACACAAACAGAAGGACAUGCAGCAUUAGGUCAUAACAGACCCCUGGAAGCGACAAGCCAACAGUAACCGUCUAAUACCAAACAUGUACAGUAUGGCUCAAU